UUUCAUCUGGAAUCUUUCAACAGGUUUGAAGAUUUGGUGAACAUUUCAGAUAAAAAUGAACUUCAAGUGGUUCUGGCUCCUGGCCAUUGUCCUGGUCUUAGGAUUCGCCAGUUUCGCAGAUGCCAGGGGUGGCCGAGGUGGUGGAGGUGGCCGGGGUGGUAGAGGUGGCCGAGGAGGCCGUGGGGGCAAAGGACAAAAACGCAACUGUAACGUACCUCCUAGUCGGAGAAGAGACUGUGGAUACCCUGGAAUACCUAGAAGUACAUGUUUAAAAAGAAACUGCUGUUUCAGCAAUGCUAUCAAGAAUUCAAAAUGGUGUUUCUACCCAAAUUAGAACGAAAUGAAGGCACAGACCAGGAACGUCUGACAACGGCAUCCCUCUAAGACAAAAACAGAAAACAAAGUACUGGCAUAGCUGUAGCUUUCAACAUUUCCUCCUCUCUACGCCAAUUUCCUGCUUCUUUCCUUGCCAGGGAGGUCAGUUCAUAUCUGUCUGCGCACAACAACUGCAAAUCCUCUCCCCCAAAAUCUAUAAACGUAGUUAAUUAGUCUCAGCUCCAUUUUGCCAACUUUGGUUAUUACUCUUGAGAAUGUAGAAAUGCAUUUCCCCGUUUGCAUUAUCUUUAUGAAACCAUUUUGUGCAUAUUAAA